UACAUAUAUGGUAAUUAAUUAAAGUACGUAUUUGCAUGCAUGCAUGCAGAUUCCUUGUGGACGAUAUUCCGAUAAGAGAAUUUACAAACAAGGAGAGAAAACGGGUACCCUACCCGAAAACCCAAGCAAUGGGGAUCCACGGAUCUUUAUGGAACGCCGACGAUUGGGCUACACAAGGAGGUCGUGUGAAGACCAAUUGGAGCAACGCCCCUUUUGUAGCGACGUUUCAGUCGUUCGAGAUCGAUGCAUGUGGACUUUCUGCAGAUGAAAUCGAUAUCGAUCCAACUGUAAAAUGCGGAAAAUCGGGGCAGUUCUGGUGGGAUAAGCCGGUGGUGAGAGAGGUGAACAAGCAGAGAAGAAAACAACUCAAAUGGGUUCGUGAUAAUUUCUUGAUUUAUGAUUAUUGUGGUGAUGUUGCUAGGUUUAAUUCUGAGGGUUUGCCUAAAGAAUGCCAUUAGGGUUUGGUUAAUUUUGUGUUUUGUGUGUGUGUUUU